GGAGGAGGAAGCAGUCAGCUCUGUGGUUUGACGUGCAGUACCUCCUUUUUCUCACACAAUGCAAACGAGAUGGCAGAUGUGCGUAACGGACAUUGCUCAAUUUCUUUAACUUGAGAGAACUAACUGUGUUAUUUCAAAUGCUCACAAAACCCUGAGGCUUGGCGGCCAGGUAAAUAUUUACAUCACUGCCUAAAUUCUGCACACGAAGACUUGAAAGACAGUUUUUCCUUUGACUUUAAGAUUGCUUCCAUGGCGACCCAGGGCACACCCCCCAUGAUGUCCAGCAUCUUACCCAUCACCAAAAAUGCAGAGGCUCCAGAUCGGUUCUCCACAGUUUUGGUCGCUGUCUACGCAGUGGUUCUGCUAUGCGGUACCAUCAGCCUGGCCCUGAUGAUCAACAUCAUCAGAGCCAACACCAGAUCCAUCACCUCCAUCACUGUGCUCAACCUCAUCUUUACUCACUUCCUCUUCCUGCUCACCGUGCCCUUCAGGAUUUACUACUAUGCCGCUCACCGCUGGGACCUGAACAUCGGCUGGUGUAAAAUCAUCAGCAGCAUGAUCCACAUCCACAUGUACAUGUCUUUUAUAUUCUACGUCAUCAUCCUGAUCUCACGCCUGUUAACGUUCCACUACAAAGCCGAGCAGGUGGCAGUCUGCCGGAGGCUGCACACGCUGCUGAUCAGCUCUCUGGUGUGGGUGCUGGUGCUUGUUAUGGUUCCUUGGAUCCUGUAUUUUCACUACGGUAAACACAUUGAGGAAGUCAACGCUGUGAACAACAACACCAAUGGAACCACAGUUCCUCAAGUUUGCUUCAAGUUUGGAAAAAACAUCACAAGCACAGCCAUGGUGUUGAACUACAUCAUCAGCGUGAUAAUCGUCGUGGCGACCACCGUCCUGACAGUCCUCCAAGCCAGAGUGCUGCUGGUGGUCUACAGGAAACACGGUGACGGAUGCAUGUCGCAGCAGGAUUUCUUAGCCCAGCUGAAGAGCCUGUGCUUCGCCCUCAUCAUGGUGGUCUGCUUCAUUCCCUACCACAUGUUCAGGCUGUAUUACAUAAGUCACCACGAACUGCAGGAUGUCAACGAGGUCUUUCUCAGUCUGACCACUUUUACCUGUUUGGACAUGCUCACUUUCCUCGGGAGGGGAUCCUACUGUGUGUGCUUGAGAGGAACAGCUGCAUGAAACCUCUGGUAAGACCUGUGCGAUGAUUGAGACAGCGCAAGACAAGGUGGAGUUUUCACACAACAGCAACAAUUUCAAGAACAAGAAAUCUAUUCUGGAACUCUGGAAUCAUUUUGGUACUAAGCAAUAUACGAGGUCUGUGAGAAAAGAAUCCGACCUUUUUAUUUUAUGCAAAAAAUAUAUGGAUUUGAUUCAUAUGUUUUUACGU